AUGCCUUCUUCAACGCGAAGACAAAGUGCCGCCACUCACAGCACCACCUCUGGGGACUCGAGGAGUAGAAGGAGUAACGACUCUUAUGAAUCCCAGUCCACCAACCCGACCUCCCUCUACGCCAGCCCCAGACCCUCCGAGCUCAAGACCUCUCUGUCUAGCGGACCGAGGUUUCAAUAUGCCUCGUGCGAGCAGGAUGUCUCUCCCGGCACCUCUCUAUACCCGCGUUCUUCAGUCGACACCUACGCCUCUACUACCGCAUCGGAGGAGGACCUCUCGCUGGAUCAGGAGGACUCUUCUAUGGAGUACGAAUACAACCAUAUCCCACCUCUACCUGUCUACCGCCGCGAGGUAGUCGAGCACAAUGUCCGCCCUUCAACACCACAAGACUUUGCGAAGCUGUUUCCCAGCAUGAACCGUCUGUCAAUUCGACACGACGAGUUCACGCCUGACGGGAACAUGAACUUGCGAGUCGACACGGUCGCCCCUGGCCGCAAGAGGACAACCAUCCAACUCUUCCACCUUCGCAUGUACGACCUCGCAAAGCGCGAGUUCUCACUGCGUCGCUAUUGCCGCGACUCUGGUCGCGAAGUUUGCCACUCAAAGCGGAAGUACGUCGAGCCCGCGCCCGAAGGCAGACCUACAUUACAGCGCUCCAUGACCAGCGCCAUCAAGACGCUUGGCAGCGCAGCUCGACCAGCAUUCAAGCGCUCAAGCUCUGGCGCCUCUAUCACAACUGGCAAAGAGACCAAACGACCCGGGACUUCUCAGUCGUCUUACGAAGGCGACGACGAGUUCGCAAACUACUUUUCGCGCGCAGCUUCUUUUGACAGCAAAAAGAAGGCCCUCUCUUCGCGACCACUUCCCACGAACUCCAUCAAGCUGGAGUUCAGCAAUUACGCCCGCGUCGACGUUGAGCGUAGAGGUGGCAAGAAUAACAAGCGCUAUGAGUUUCAGUGGUGGGGCCACAAGUAUUCCUGGAAGCGUGUAGUGGAGAAGCACCUGAACGUCGUCUCCUUCCACCUAAUCCGGGAUGGCACCCAAACCCCAGUGGCACACAUCGUACCCGAGACCCGGUCACCUAACCAGGUCCUCGCGGACGAGAGCGCCGGCGGUUGGGUACCGCCUUGCUUCAUGUGGAUCAGCGACACGAGCCUGAUCAACUGCAUGACUGACGUCGCGGACGUCAUCAUGGCUACUGGUCUCAUGGCUUUAGUUGAUGAUUGCAUCAAGGAGCGAUGGCAAACAAAGAAAGUCCAUCGUCUUCCCGUCCUCGGAGAUGUUGAGUAUGUUGGCCCCAAGGCCUUCAUGCAGCAAAUGCUGUUCCGACGGAAUACUUCGCCAGAGCAGCACUCCCAUCAGCAGUCCUCAAGUCCGCUGCGCUACGCGAAUCCCAUCUCUGCUUACUAG